UUGGUUAUAAAUUUCGUACGUAUAUAAAAUUAGUUUUGAGGAGAACAUAGUCAAAUCUAUUAUAAACAAAACACAAGGAACCGUUAGAGAGAGAAAGGGAUGACGAAGUGGAGUGUGGUGAUGAUGAUAGUAGUGUUGGUGAUAGCUACCAUGGAACGAGAAGCAGAAGGAAGUGUAUGUUUAUUUAAUUGCUUGAAAAAGUGCCGUCACAAGGAUCCUUCUGUGAGAAGAUAUUGUAUCUGCGAGUGUGUUUUCUUGUGCACUAUCGACUUCAAGAGCCCACAAGGCAAUCAACUUGCCGAAAGAAAAUCUUUCUACCAAGCUCUGAACCAAACAUGCGGCCAAACACCUAAUGCUCCAUCACCAUCACCACAGAUGAAAACAAGCUUUAGUAAAGAGAUACUCGCGAGAGAAGAUGUUCAUGGCUAAAUUCUCUAGAUUUUGUAUAAGUGACAAAUAAAAAUCAAUAAAAUCUUCAAGUGUUUACUUUA